CCUGUGUUGUUCCGCCCCGACAGACCCCGCCCACGGAGGCCGCGGCUGGUGUGCAUAUUUAUAGAGGCGGUGCCCGGGGAGCCGGGGCGUCCCUGUGCCCGCAGUCCGGCGUCAUGGAGCGGCCGGCGCCCUUGGCCGUGCUGCCCUUCUCCGAUCCCGCGCACGCCCUGAGCCUACUGCGCGGCUUGAGUCAGCUGCGCGCCGAGCGCAAGUUCCUGGACGUGACCCUGGAGGCGGCGGGUGGCCGCGACUUCCCCGCGCACCGCGCCGUGCUAGCGGCCGCUAGUCCCUACUUCCGCGCCAUGUUCGCGGGGCAGCUGCGCGAGAGCCGCGCCGAGCGCGUGCGCCUGCACGGGGUGCCGCCCGACAUGCUGCAGCUGCUCCUGGACUUCAGCUACACCGGCAGAGUGGCCGUGAGCGGCGACAACGCCGAGCCGCUACUGCGCGCCGCGGACCUGCUGCAGUUCCCCGCCGUGAAGGAAGCGUGCGGCGCCUUCCUGCAGCAGCAGCUCGACCUGGCCAACUGCCUGGACAUGCAGGACUUUGCCGAGGCCUUCAGCUGCUCGGGGCUGGCUAGCGCGGCGCAGCGCUUUAUCCUGCGCCACGUGGGCGAGCUGGGCGCCGAGCAGUUGGAGAGGCUGCCGCUGGCCCGCCUGCUGCGCUACCUGCGCGACGACGGGCUGUGCGUGCCCAAGGAGGAGGCGGCCUACCAGCUGGCACUGCGUUGGGUCCGCGCCGACCCGCCGCGCCGCGCGGCGCACUGGCCGCAGCUGCUGGAGGCCGUGCGCCUUCCCUUCGUGCGCCGCUUCUACCUGCUGGCACACGUGGAGGCCGAGCCGCUGGUGGCGCGCUGCCCGCCUUGCCUGCGCCUGCUGCGCGAGGCCCGCGACUUCCAGGCGGCACGCUACGACCGACACGACCGCGGGCCCUGCCCCCGCAUGCGUCCGCGCCCGUCCACCGGCCUAGCGGAGAUCCUGGUGCUGGUGGGAGGUUGCGACCAGGACUGCGACGAGUUGGUCACCGUCGACUGCUACAAUCCGCAGACAGGCCAGUGGCGCUACCUGGCCGAGUUCCCCGACCACUUAGGCGGGGGCUACAGCAUCGUGGCGCUGGGCAAUGACAUCUACGUGACGGGCGGGUCUGAUGGCUCCCGGCUCUAUGACUGCGUGUGGCGAUACAACUCAAGUGUGAACGAGUGGACAGAGGUGGCACCCAUGCUCAAGGCCCGCGAGUACCACAGCUCUUCUGUUCUGGACGGGCUACUGUAUGUGGUGGCAGCUGACAGCACAGAGCGCUAUGACCAUGCCACCGACUCCUGGGAGGCUCUGCAGCCUAUGACCUACCCCAUGGACAACUGCUCCACCACGGCCUGCCGAGGCCGGCUGUACGCCAUCGGCUCCCUGGCGGGCAAGGAGACCAUGGUGAUACAAUGCUAUGACCCGGACACUGACCUGUGGUCACUGGUGGACUGUGGCCAGCUUCCACCUUGGUCCUUUGCGCCCAAGACUGUGACCCUGAAUGGACUCAUGUACUUUGUCAGGGACGACUCUGCCGAGGUGGAUGUAUACAACCCCUCCAAGAAUGAAUGGGACAAGAUCCCGUCUAUGAAUCAGAAGUUACCUCCAGCUUGUAGUAUCCAACUCACCGUGCAGUGUGCCUCUCCUUGCUGCCACUUCCCGGGCCUGCUUGAUCCCAGAGCAGAAGGUAAGGGUCCGUAUGACAGAGUGGCCUGGCCUGGAACACUGGAGACCCAGGAAGACAAAGGCUACAACAGAGAGCUAAACUGCACCUCUAGCGCCAAGGCUCCCAGCAGCCAGGUCCAGGGAGCGUCAGUUCACCUAGCUUUGCAUGUCUCUUAGGCCUCACCAGACAGCAGGGUAGGCUUCCAGGAGUUGAGGACUGACUGAGCUGUGGGAUUAAGCCACAGUGUGAGCUUGAAGGGGUCUGUUUCCAUAGUACAUGGCCUCGCCUGGCCAGGAGGCCCUCCCUGGGGCUCUGUCCCAAGCCUGCAGAGGCAAGGCUAGAGGAGAAGACCGUGCCUCCUCGAGAAUGUCACUGAUACUUGGCUGAGCAGACAGCUGCUGGGCCUGGGAGCGACGACUCCUGCUUCAAAGGGAAGCCAAGCGGGGCAGCCCCAGCACUUGGUUCAAGGUUUGAAAUGCUUGCGGUUUGAACUCGAAAAGAAGUAGAAGAGUUGGGAGAAGAGACAAAUGGCCCUGUCUGACUUGAAGAUGUACAGGUCAGCAUUGUUAGACUUUUCCUGCCAUCGUGUGGGAGACAGGAUGUCUGAGAGCUCAGGCCCAGGUGCACGAGUAGCGGGACGCCUGAGUCACAGCUCAGGGACCCCUGGGUUUCUUCUGACCUUGAGUGGUUUCGUGGGUUUGGGGGCUGGGACCAUUCAAGGUACCCAGUGGCUUCUCUGCUGGAGUCUGUCACGUUUCUUUGUGGAGAAGAGGGCGUUAGGACUGUCACGUUAGAGACAAAGCCAAGGUUCAGGGUGAACUUGGCUGACGGAUGAGGCUCCAGGAAUGGAAUGUCCCCAUCACACACCACAGCCAUCUUCUUGGCCAGGUGGCAGAGGAGGCUGCCUUAAUUUCCCAGACACCUGCCUUCUUCCUGUUUGGUUUGAAAUCUGUUUCUAAAAUGCUCUCCCGGGCGCCUGACCCUGGGGAAGAUUGUGCCAGCCCAGGCCCACUGAUACCCUAGGGCUCCUGUAGGGUGUGCAGCUGUGCUUUCUGUCCCCUGGUGCUGUCGGCCCAGCCCUCUAGUGCCUCUCCUCCCUCUUGGCCUAGUAAACUCUUUCCGUGAGCCUUAAGAGCUGUCACCCAGAGGUGUUGAUACUCCAUGAGGUGCCUUGGCAUGGCAGGGUGGAAUCUUGAGUAUCAGGAACUAAGCUUAGUGCUGGGGAAAGUAGCCUGGCCACCACUGUCAGGUCCUUUGGGGGACAGGCUAGGGGGCUUCCCAGGGGAAGAGCUGCACCACCGCACUCUCCUUUGACUGCGGUGGCUCCUGCCUUAUUGUGCACCCUUGCACAGGGCCCCUCUGCCCACCUCCAGAGAUACUCAGGUUUGCACAUCACGACCCACAUCUGGGUAGGCACUCACUGUGGUCCUCCCACUGGGAGUCCAGUCCAGUCCCUCCCUCAGCUUCACCUUUGCCACGGGCUCUGGGCUGUAACCCAUCACUUGACACAUGUCUACACUAACAGGGAUGAAAGCUGGGCUACCUGGGUAUGGGAUUGUCCCUGUCACAUGUAUAAAGCUUUUAUAUGUCAGGAUAAAAUUAAGUUAUGAAAAGUUCUGUGCCUGGUAUUUGCUGAUCUAUAAGGUAUUUCUUAUAUUUAUGACUUCAGAGACUUGUGUAAAGAAGGUCACCUUCCUUAGGUGACUAGCAUUCAGUCACACCAGUGGCUGGGGCAGAUUUGUAUAUUUAUUUCUGUCUACUCCCUAGGCUUCUGUGUCCAGCAUUCUAAGGUUUUAGGAUGUUACCCUAUUUUUUGAAAUAAAAUGUUUCCUACAUGCUGA